GUGGAUUUUUAGUGGCAGCGGGAUUGGAAGAGGAGUGUGAGGAUAUCGGCAAAAAUAAGAGAGCAGAAGGAGGUGAGAUCUGCAAUAGAUAAACACGGCGACACCCAGACGGAGAACAGGACAGCUGUGAGCGAAAGCCACGCGCAACCUGCCAGCGGCCAUAGGUGCUCUUCCUCCGCUUGUCCCGCUCUUCUUUUAAUUUUUCCUGUUUUUUGUUUUGGUUUUUUUUUUCCUUUUUUCUCCCUCUGUCAGGGGAGCCUGCCACUGCGGAAAUCCAGGUGCAUUCGAAAUAGGUGAGCAGAAAGGGGAAACGAAGGAACCCGCCGUCACAUCAGCUUCUCUGUGCCCUCGAGGAGCAGCGGUUGCCAGGGAGACAGGCACUCGAGCGAGGUAGAGGGUGAAGGACAGUGACCUCCACCUGUGACUCAGUUCCUCCAACGCCUCGCUCCCUCUCUAGCGCUAGCAGCAGCUGGAAUGGACGGGAAAACUUGCGCCGUGUCCGAGAAGUGCCUCUGAAUCCCAGAUCCAAUGGACAUCAAGGGCCAGUGCUGGACUGAUGAGGAAUCUGAUGGGGAGAAUGACUCUGAGGAGUUCCUUUAUGGAAUCCAGGGGAGUUGUGCGGCCGAUCUCUACCGGCACCCCCAGCUGGAUGCUGACAUUGAAGCGGUGAAGGACAUCUACACUGACAGCGCCAUCUCUGUCAGGGAAUAUGGCACAAUUGAUGACGUGGACAUUGACCUGCAAAUUAACAUCAGUUUCUUGGAUGAAGAGGUGGCGACAGCAUGGAAGGUGAUCCGAACAGAACCCAUCAUUCUCCGUCUGCGCUUUUCACUCUCUCAGUACCUUGAUGGGCCUGAGCCGUCAGUGGACGUCUUCCAGCCAUCCAACAAGGAGAACUUCAGUCUGGGCUUGCAGCUGAAGAAGAUCCUCAGCAUGUUCACAUCGCAACAGUGGAAGCACCUAAGCAAUGAGUUCCUGAAGGCACAGCAGGAGAAGAGACAUAGCUGGUUCAAGGCUGGAGGCACCAUCAAGAAGUUCCGUGCCGGUCUCAGCAUCUUCUCCCCCAUACCUAAGUCUCCAAGUUUCCCGCUGAUCCAGGAUACAGUUCUGAAAGGGAAACUGGCAGUACCGGAGCUGCGUGUGACGCGCCUCAUGAACCGCUCCGUCUCUUGUACCAUGAAGAACCCCAAGGGGGAGCUCUUCAGCUACCCACCCAACAGUCAGAGUGUGGCUGUCUCCGCGGCCAGGCCCCCAGCGCAGAUUACCACGAAGCAGCUGAUUGAAUUAUUUUUCUCAUCCCAGGCGGGUGGCCACUGCAAGAAUAUCCCUACCUUGGAGUAUGGCUUCUUAGUCCAGAUAAUGAAGUACUCUGAGCAGCGGAUACCGACGCUGAACGAAUACUGUGUCGUCUGUGAUGAGCAGCACGUCUUUCAAAAUGGCUCAAUGCUCAAGCCAGCAGUAUGCACCAGGGAGCUGUGUGUCUUCUCUUUCUACACCCUGGGGGUGAUGUCCGGAGCUGCGGAGGAGGUGGCCACAGGUGCAGAGGUGGUGGACCUGCUAGUGGCCAUGUGCAGAGCAGCCCUGGAGUCCCCCCGCAAGAGUAUCAUCUUUGAGCCCUACCCCUCUGUGGUUGACCCCAAUGACCCCAAAACACUGGCCUUCAACCCCAAGAAGAAGAAUUACGAAAGACUACAGAAAGCACUGGACAGUGUCAUGUCUAUCAGAGAGAUGACACAGGGAUCGUAUCUAGAAAUUAAAAAACAGAUGGACAAGCUUGAUCCACUGGCACAUCCUCUCCUUCAGUGGAUCAUCUCAAGCAACAGAUCUCACAUUGUCAAGCUGCCACUGAGUAGGCAACUCAAGUUCAUGCAUACGUCCCACCAGUUCCUCCUGCUCAGCAGCCCCCCUGCCAAGGAGGCCCGCUUCCGCACUGCCAAAAAGCUCUAUGGCAGCACCUUCGCCUUCCAUGGUUCCCAUAUAGAGAACUGGCACUCCAUUCUGAGAAAUGGACUAGUCAAUGCUUCUUAUACCAAACUACAGCUGCACGGGGCUGCGUACGGAAAAGGCAUCUAUCUCAGCCCCAUCUCCAGCAUUUCCUUUGGAUACUCAGGGAUGGGGAAAGGACAGCACCGCAUGCCCUCUAAGGAUGAGCUGGUGCAGCGAUACAAUCGCAUGAACACCAUCCCGCAGUGGGUUGCAGGUUUAAAUCCCGGGGAAGGGGAGUGUUAUGCUGUUGUCCGCUCAAUAAAGACUCGCCCGAUACAGUCCAGGUUCCUUCAAAGUCGAAACUUAAACUGCAUUGCUUUAUGUGAAGUGAUUACGUCAAAGGACCUUCAGAAGCAUGGUAACAUCUGGGUGUGUCCCGUGUCGGACCACGUCUGCACAAGAUUCUUCUUUGUGUAUGAGGACGGCCAGGUGGGAGAUGCCAACAUCAACACCCAGGAACCCAAGAUCCAGAAGGAGAUCAUGCGCGUUAUCGGAACUCAGAUUUACUCCAGCUGAGCCAAGGCAGGAAGUGCCACCCCUACUCCCCCCCCCCCCCCUUCCGACCACCCAGUGGAGCUCCCGAAGUCACCAAGCUCUGCUGCAUAAGCGGUCGGCUUUCGGGAUUUAUUCACGAUGGUUUAGAGGGCGAACCAGCAGAGAUUUCAGCCCAUGAUCCUAAAGUCUCGUGUUCUCCAUGAAGCUCCGUUUUGCCCCUCUGUCCACUCCUCUUUAAGGCUUCUGGGAAAGGGCACAGGGAUAAAGAAGAGGCCUCUCUGCUGCUAGAAUGCCUUUCUGUGAGGCUCUGGAAAGUGGAACCUGCUGUGGAUCCUUUGGCUAGAGCCCCGUGGAAACCAGACGCUAGCUCACGCUGCCCGAAGAAAGUAGCCAGCGGAGAGCAGAUAUGACCUGCGUCGGCAGCAGACUGUCACCAUGGCCCAUGUCGAGAAUCCCCAGUUCGCAGGACACCUCCCUCGCUUCAGACACGCUCCUGUCAAGCAUGUAAUCGGCCGACUCUUACCUAAAAGACACCCUCACCCUCUCUGCUCUGCCGUAUUGUGUCAAAGUCAGACCAGAACAUUUUUUUGUCAUUAUUUCCAUUUUCCCUUCCCUGUAGCCUGAAAAUUACUUUUUAAAAUUAUUACUCAUGGAGAAAAUCAAAAGAAUUUCAAAUCCAUCCCUUAGUGAACUCUGAAUAAUAGAUGAACAUGCCUUUGCCAGCUGGAUCUUCUAUUAGGUUGGCAAAAACAUCUUAUUUAAAUUGUCCUCUGUUUGUUUGAUGUUCUAAGUAAUUUAAUUCAAAUUAAUGUCCAAAAUCCAAUCAUGUGUGUCCUUAACUGGUAUCAGCUCUCCCACCGUUCCUUUUCUCCAUUCAAGCCUGUUUGACUUGCAGGCGUAAAAUAAAUUUAGUACUGUGUACAUAAACUCAAGGGGUUAUCUUAAAGACGCAGUGCUUGACAAAGCUAGCUCGGUACAGGAGAACUCAAUCUCAACCUCACCAAAUGGCUCGUGCUGGACAGACAGCGGUUAAGUUGACAAGAGAAGGCAACUUUGUCAUCUUUGCUCUCCGUGACAUUUUUCUUGCACUUUUCUGGAAAAAAAGACCUGAAGCUUGCAACCCUAUCAGCCAGUCGGCUUCCCUUGCUGUCCAACAUGCAGACUUUGUGUGCUAGUGAUUCCUUCUUGAGAAUCUCGCGUAUCGCGUUUCCGAGAGGAUCGCCAAACUCCUCACUCCGUUGUUUCAAGAGCUUCAAACUGGAUUCGUACUGUCAAGGGUUUGUGUGUUUGUUUGUAUUCCUUUGUUCAUGCACUGUCGAUGUGACUUUGCACUUCUCCGGCGAUCGCCAACCCCACUGGGGAGGUGGUGUCUCUCGCACCCUUGGCACAAGACUUUCCAUUGUCAGAUGGACAAGGAAACGAAAUGGUGGCAUGAAUUAGGAUGUAAUCUUUGGGUAUAGAAGUAUCUCCGUGCGUUUAUGUCCAUUACACUACUUUAUGUUCUUAAGUGGCUUAUCCUAUUUUGAAAGACGCGCAAGAGUUUGCGUUUGGGAAGCAGGAGGUGGAGCCCUCCUGCAGACGAUGUGGAUGAUCCCACCCCCUUUCUCCAUAAGAAACACCCGAACUGUCAGCGACUCUUGUUGUCCGCAUCGUUCGACUCUACCUUUAUUUAUGCAUCUGCAGACACCAGUUUCUCGUCCUUUUCUGUUUGCGUUUUCCUUUUGUUUUCUUUUUUGUAGUGCUGUACGUGAAUGAAGGAGAAAAAAGGAAAAAUGAAU